AUGAUGAGUAUUAGUAAACCAAAACCCAUUAAUCCAGAUACUCCUUUGACACUGAUUAAAGACAUUCAAAAUAAUGUAAACAACAUAACUGUUAUGUGCAUAGUAUUAGAAGUAAACCCUGCUGUCCAGCUCAAAGAUAACCAUGAAGUUCGAACAGUGAAAGUAGCUGAUAGUUCAGCAUGCAUCAAUUUUUCCGUCUGGGAUGAACCUGGUUCAUUUUUAUAUCCAGGUGAUAUAAUACGCGUUCACAGAGCUUAUGCAAUUUACUUUAGAAACUGUCUUACUCUGUAUGUUGGUAAGAAUGGUGAAAUUGAAAAAAUUGGUGAUUUUAUCAUGACAUUCAAUGAAUCUAUCAAUAUGAGUGAAAUAAACCUAAAUGCACCUCCACCACAACCACCUCCAGGAUCCAAUGGAAAUGCAAUAAGUAACGCAAGACGGACAGGAGUAGGAAAACAAAAUAUGAAACCAAAUACAUUCAAAGGGAACAAUGGAAAAAGUGGACCUAGAAGUCAAAUGAGACCAGAAAGAAAAUAA